AUGAAGACCAAUUUAUGCAGGUUGUGUUGUCAAAUUGAAGGCACAGUUUGCAUUUUCAAUAGCGAAGUGAGUUCAAAAAUAAUAUAUUGUUGUCCAAAUAUAAAGAUUAAAGAUGAUGAUGGACUUCCAUCAAAUAUUUGUGAUAACUGCAAUGACGACUUGGCUGCCUGCUAUCAAUUUAUUCUUAAAUGCGAAGCAUCGGACAAGAAAUUGCAUUCUCAAUGUUUGGCUUUGAAGGUGAUAUCCCAAGUUAUAGCAGACCUUAACGUCUGCGAACCUAAGCUGGAAGUGAAGACUGAAGCCUGCGACAGUUACGAUGAACAGUUUUACACAGAAGACGCCGAUAUACCACUUGAACAAAUUAAGCAAGAGCAAUUGCAAACUGAUGAACCUAAAAUAAUCUCCCGGAAACGUAAAACCUACACAUCAAGAUCAAAAUGCAAGGGAGUGCAGGCAUAUCCAUGUGCAGACUGUGGCCGAGAAUUUGCAUAUCCUUCAACAUAUAAGGUGCACAUGAGAUCCCAUACUGAUGAGAAGCCACAUCCUUGUCCCACUUGUGAUAAGAGAUACAAGGACACCAGCGCACUGAAACGGCACAUAGAUAAUGCUCACUCUCAUGUACAAAAGAGGAGAGAUUUUGUUUGUGAACACUGUGGCAAAGCCUUCUUUGCAAAAAAAGAUGUAAUAAUUCAUAUGCGCACACACACUGGAGAAACACCAUACAAAUGUUCUAUCUGUGGUGCUAAGUUCACACAAAUCAGUGGAUUACAAAGACACAAAAAAAGGCACUCUGGUGAGAAGAACCAUCUGUGCACAGCUUGUCCUAAGACUUUUUGUACCAAAGAAGAACUAAAGAAUCACCAGAUAGUGCAUAGCAAUGUGAAAAGAUACACUUGCUCUGUGUGUAACUCACAGUUCAAAUACAAAAAUAAUUUAAGAAAACACAUGCAUCUGCACUCUGAAUCCACUAACUUUGUAUGUAGCUUUUGUGGACGUACCUUCAAACUGAAGGGGAACUUAAAGACCCACCUUGACUCCCAACACUCGGAGAAGUCCGGCUACUGCAAUGUUUGUAUAAAGCACGUCCCCAACAUGGAGAUGCACAUGUGGAGGCACACGGGGCAGCGUCCCAUCAAGUGUGAGCUCUGUGACAGCUGCUUCUUUGAACACAAGGCUUUGGCCAGACAUAUGAACUUCAAACAUACUAAAACUGAUAAAUAUAAGUGUGAAUUUGAAGGGUGCAACCUGUCAUACCCCUCUAAACCAAUGGUAGACUUCCAUUUUGCCAAAGUGCACUCUACCCACAUCCCAUUCCCUUGUGAUAGGUGCUCAAGGGGCUUCUAUAGGAAGAAUGAUCUUGCCAGACAUAAAAUAGGUACUCAUAAAGAGAGACUAAGUUAGCUGUAAACCACCAUGGCUUGUGAUAUUAUUGUGACCAAAAUUAUAGUUAAGUGCAUUUUGCAUUUUUGCCCACCAAAUAUUAUAAGAGUAGCAUGUAAGUUUUAGCUUUAAUCAAUUUUAUAACAAAACCAAAGAUGUUUUAAUUACAAUUCAUUUGUAUGUAGUAAGUACAUAAUGUGUGAAAGUUGAAUAUAAAUUUUAUUUGACUGUA